GCCUCUCCCCCUGUAAUACCUUGUGUUAAGUGCUAUGAUUUGUAGUAAUAUUUUGGAGGGUAUAUAUUGACAGUUCUCUUAGGAUCUGCACAAUACUCGCAGCUGCUGUGACUUCUUCACAUUAUGCAUUUUAAUUUCAAAACAACAGUAACUUCUUCGGGCUGCAAGCAAUUUUUUCAGUGAUCUUUAUAAGUCCUACCUUUGACAAUCAUCUCGCGUUUCUUGACCACAGUUGUUGGCAUGAUAGGAGUACACUUGUCAAAAUGAGUUACCGAGAUGAUGAUGAUCCUUUCGAGGAGGAUAUUGUGUUUGACCAGGCCGGACUAUUAAGCACUUCAAGAAAAUCUGCAAAGUCAGCAAUAAGGAGAGUCUCUAGUGGAAAGUGUGCUAUGUUCUCCAAAACUUUAGGUCUUUGUGGGGCUUUUCUGGGUUUGGGGUUGACUUUCUCAAUUCCUGGCCCUCUGGCACCAGUACCACCUACAGAACUGCGGCAUGAUAUAUCUCUCAUGACUUAUGAACUGAUGUAUAAAUGUCAAGGUUUCAUGAUUGGAGCAAUGUUUGGUGCAAGGAUGCUUGACAGAUUUAAUAGAUUAUUCUUAGUAUUCCUUGCCUUGCUUGUUACCGCCUUACUUGUGACCAUUAUUCCAUGGUGUGGUAUUCCAUGGUUAUUAAGAACUGAUAUGUUUCUUUUGGGUGUGUCCCUAGGUUUCUUAACGACAGGUGGUAAUGUUCUUUGCCUUGAUUUAUGGAGUAGGAACAGUGGGCCAUUCAUGCAAGCCUUGCAUUUUAGCUUUAGUUUAGGAAUAUUUUUGGCCCCAUUUUUGUCUCAACCUUUGAUGGCUCCUAUAAAUUACUCUGUUGUUCCUCCUCCCACCACACCUGCAAUGUUUCCUCUUCACAGACUGCCACGAGACAUUGGAAACUUCUCUCUAUUAAACACGACCAUUCCAGAAAUUCAUCCGCCUCUAUUGCAGCCAACAUUCAAUCAGACAAUGCCAGCUAAUGAGACAUCUGUAGCAACUUCUAAUUUUUCAAAGCUUUCAACACCUGCUUCUUCCUUGUCCGAGAUAUCUGAGAAGCCAAGUCAAUCAGGAAAUUUGUCUUCAACCAGUACUACGUUAGCAACUCUGGUUACAUCUUUAGCUCCUACUGCAGCCAUUCCUCCAUCUAACAUUUCAGUGCCGAGUCCCCCUAUACUGUCAGGCAAUCUAUCUAUUGUAUCUACUGUUGGCCCUACUGUUUCUUCUAAUGUAUCUAAAGUCUUAGAUACACAGAAAAAUGAUGUGUCAACCACAACACACAGAGCUCCAAGACCAAAGCCUGUUUUAACUAAUUCUGAAAAGCUUCAAGACAAAAAAUGGGAGAACGAGAAGUUCCGUAAACCACCUCCAGAAGAUUUGGUGCCUGUUUCCACUACCAUGAAACCUAUGGUUCGGAUGGAUAACAAAACAACCACUUCGGGGAAUUUGUCUUCUCAUCCAACAACUGUAACAACUCUUCAGAAAAGUAAUUUAACCCUUGAAUCAAAUGUUUUGUCAAACUCAUCACAUGUAAAUAUUUCAUUGUCAAGUCUAAACAGCCUAGGCAGUACUGUGUCUCCUUCUAUAUUGAAUUCUUCUUCAUCUAUUAGUCUAUCACCUUUGAAGACUGUACCAACAGUUGCAUCGUUGUCAAAUUCCACGGCUGGUCAACUGAAUAACAGAUCUACAGAAUUGUCAAGUGUUGAACCUCUGAAAAUUAACUCUACUUCUGAACCUGCUUUAGCAAGUCUUCUUAAUGCAACUGCUGCAAGUACUGAUGUCCAGAUUGGUGCAACGACCUACAAUGCACCAAAGCCAGAAACACAGAAGAAUGAAAAAAUGACUGAUGAGAAUUUGGGUAAGGGAAAACAAAAUUCUAUUAAAAGUGGUCAACCUAAGAAUACCUUUAGCUCUAAUCAAGAACCAGCUCAAAAUAACACAAAAAGUGACUUUACUCAAGAUGCCUCUUUGGUAACCAUUUCAUCAGUUGUUGAUAAAACUGAAGCAAGCAAUCAUGCGGUCUCACCAGAACUAUCUCUUCCCUUAUUGGAAGAUAUCAAACCAGUGAAUGGUUCCCAUGAUAUUGGAAAGAGUAUUUCACUAGAUGAGCAAGAGAUGUCUGCUGUCAACUCACCAGAAGUUGAACCAAGCCUCUCUUCAGUUGGAUUUGAGAAGGUUCAUUCUCUUACUUCAAGUUUACCCAGUCAACAGCCCCAAGUACUGUUGACAAGUCCUCAACCUCAGCUGUCAAUAAAACCGAGCAAAGCUGAUAAAGCUUCUAUUGUCACUGAAAAGUCUGUGGCAGAAGGUGGCCUCAAAAUCCUAAUGGAAGCUUUACCAACACAAGAACAACAGCAUCAACCCUCUCAUCAAGACAUGACCAAAGAUGCCAAAGGACAAGGUGGCCCAGCGGUUAGGAAUUUUAGCAAGGAAACCCAUCCAGCUAAAAAUUUCUCUCAGACAUUUGACAGCCAAAGUUAUGUUCCUCCACCUGUGAGUCCAAAACAUUUGCAUCACAGCAAACCAGCAUCUACUGUCGUCAAUGAAACCACAGAAGUAACUCACACGGUUAUAGAUGCUUUUGCCAAUCGUUUGGAAAAGUAUGGCUUGAGUAGAAUGGAGCUGAUGUACCUUACAGUUGGUAUGGUUCUUUUGGCAACGUCGUUUUUGUUCCUUGGAUUUUUGUGCUUUAAUCCAAGGGACCCCAAAUCAAAGACUGAUGAAGAAGAAAUGAAUGGCCCUGUGGUUCGAGGGACUAACCGCAGCAGGACAAACUCGUCUCAAACCUUAGUGAUUCCUUCUCGAUGCAUGAGACACACACUAAUUGGUUUGAUGAUGCUUCUUUUGAUGAUCACCUCAGGUGUUCAGGCCAUGUACGGGCAGUUAUUACUUGUGUAUUCUAUACAACCUCCUCUUCUCAUUUCUCAGUCAACAGGAACUGCACUUACAGCUACCUUCUGGGGAGCUCUGACCAGCACUCGUUUUGCUUGUAUUCUUCUUGCAAGUGCCUUAUCACCAACAGCAAUGCUUGUUUUGAGUGUUGCCAUUUGCUCUUGUGCCACUUGGCUCCUCUCUGCCUUUGCUUCUUCAUCAGAAGUUGCCCUAUGGAUAGGUUCAGUUAUGGUCAGUGUUGGCACAGCAUCUGUAUUUCCAUCAGGCAUGCUAUGGAUGCAACGACAUGUUCUCAUCACUCACCGUGUAGCUGCUAUGCUUGUCAUGGGCCCUGCUAUGGGAGAAAUGUUCUUCCCUACUCUGGCAUACAAAAUGAUGGUGUCAAUGGGACCUGCCAGCUUGGUCCACUUGCCUGCAUUGCUUAGUCUUUUUGCAAUUGCACUGUGGGCUGCAGUGUGGCGUCUGGCUCGAUAUCCCCGACAACCUCUGUGUUCCCAUGUUGAUGACUCAGGAUACCAGUUGGCUAAUCAGCAUGAUGAAGAUGAUCUACUUGACCUCACCAUGUCACCUAUAGUGAAUGGCAAUAGCAUUGUGAGAAAUUCAGUACGGCCUAAUGGAAGUGGCCUUGGUGUGCAUCGCAUGAGUGCAUAGCAUCAGGCUAUCUACAUGUAACGUGAGGUGAAAGUGGAGGCAGAAAUUGUUCAAUGGACACAUUUUUAUGAAGUGCAAUUUGAAUGAAAAUUUCAACCUCCGUUACAUGCAGAUUUCUUAAACUACUCUUCUAACGUGCCUAGCUUCAUGCAGGCUUCGUGAAAAAAUGGUGUAAUGGUUACCUUUCAGAAUGGAGUUGUGUUGUGCUAUACUAGGAGAGAGUAUGACUGCGAUUUCACUUUUGCUCUGUGAUUUCGAUGUUUGGAUGCAUUUUCAGUGAUUUUUAUUAUUGUAAAAUUUCAACUGUCUCUUAUAGGGUGACAUACCACAAUCAGCAGAUCAAAUCAAUUGGCUUUGAGAAAAUUACACUCAAAAAAGUUUCUGCUUGUCUUAUGAAUUUCCGUUGUGUCAUAAUGUACAAGAAUCUUAAAGGAACUCAUUCGUUGGCCAUAAAGUUGAGCUUCUCUGAAGGGUGAACUUCAUUUUUAAUAUAUCAUGUCCAACUUAUUCCUUUUUUUAAAAAUUGUGAGACUUUCUUCCAGAAAAGUCUGAUCCUAGGCACUGCCUGUGCUCUUGUUGCAAAAUCACCGUCCAUUGGUGCUGCUGGCACUAAAGCACUGUGCCUUAAGAACCAGGAAAAACAAAAUGUUUUAUUGUAAGCUAAACUUUUGAAGUAUCUGUAUUGUAUGACAAUUUUUCAGUAAUGGAUUACUCAGUUGUAGUCAACUGAAUGUAAUUUCUGCUGUCAGUGGUAAAUAUUUUGAUCACAAUGCUCAAUAUCUUGAUGACUUGUUAAGUUCUUCAGUAUUGUAUCACUUUAGUUCCUUAUCUUUCACAAUUUACUCUGAUAUCUAUUUCCAAAAAUAUUAAAUGGUAAUAGGUACUAGUGUACCUCUUUCCCAAUACAUAGUCCUUUGACCUAUUUCUAGGUAUUUACGCUACAGCUAACUUAAAUUAGGUAGCUUUCCAAAUAUUUUCUAGAAGAUAUAUAAACUUGGAGAUUUAGUUGAAUAGUUGUUCAUGCGUUAGACUCUAGGUAUGAGCAGGGAGUCCACUCUUAAUUUCUCUAUUUAUACUGUGAAUGUAUUAUUUGCUCUUUGGUGACUCUUUCUUCCUCCUCCACCACCUCCUCCUCCUCCUCUUGUGAAUAUUUCUUAUUGUGUAUGCAUAUCUUUUUUCUCUUAGUCAUCAGAGGCUUCUGGUAAGGAACUAGAUAAUAAUUCUUUCUAUUCUACGAAAAAAAUGUCUACCCCCUGUUCAACAAUCAAAAAUUGGUAUGCCUUAUACUUGUAAACAAGCUGAAAAGAAAUCAAAAUUCUGAUCUGUUUACUGUUCUUGAGGUUGUAAUUAUCAGUUUGAAGUGUUAUUUUUGUACGGGAUCUGACAACUUAAAUUGAAAUUUCUGCUAGUUUUUUCUUUUAUAUUCAAUUGUUUAGUGUCUCACUGAUUAUUUAAUGUGGUACUUCUUACUGUUACAAGGUGGGUGUAUACUGUAUGCUUAUAUACAAAUUGUGAUUCUUUGUGUGAUGUUUUGUUUCCAAUUAUGAUUUAAUAAGAUGUCUGUGUGUGUGUGUGUGUGUGUGUCUUAUUUUCUGACUGGCUGUCUGCAUGUUUGUGUGAAUCUUUCACAGUAUCAUCGUGGUGUGUUUGAUGUCUUGUAUGUUAAGUAUGAAGGUACUAGUCAAGUAGGGGAAGGGACUGAGAUUCUUUAAUAUCCGUUGGCUGCUUUCCUUUCUUACUAAGAAGUGUUUUACUUAUUUCAUUGCAAAGCACUUAAUUAUAAGUUAUUUAUCAUCUCCUCGUACUUUAGUUGUGGUUAACUAACACUACUCAAUGAGGCUGAACAUUCUUGGUAAUUGACAGCUUAGAGUUUAAAAAGAGGGUGUUUACCAAUAUCAUCCAUUGAACUGGUGUUUGAUGAGGAAGUGCCACACUGUGAAACAUGACCUCAACUCCGACCUCUGGAAUUUAAUACGUAUUCCUAAUGUUAUAUCGUGAUGAUUUUUAAAAAUUUAUAGUUUUGUCAAAUUCUACUUCAUUUGUUUUUCUGUUUCUUAUUUUUUUAUUUUUUCCUUACAGAAAGAAAAAUGUGGUUAUCAUGUGUUUCUAUUUAUUUAUCUUUUUCAAAAAGUGCAUAUAUAAAUUAAAUAUUGUAA